UACUUUGAUUCCAAAUGCAGCGCCAAAUCCAUGACUGUAAACUGCUCCAAAUUCUCCAAUAAUGUGGAUGGACAGCAGGUUGCUGUCAUUGAUACUCCAGGUCUGUUUGACACCAGGUUUGGAGAAGAUAAAACAAUCAAAGAUCUGAGUCAGUGCAUCAGCUUUGCUUCUCCUGGACCCCACAUCUUCCUGGUGGUCGUUGCAAUCGGCAGAUUCACAGAAGAAGAAAAACAAUCAGUGGAAAAGAUUCAAGAAAUCUUUGGAGAGGCAGCAGACAGAUACAGCAUGGUUCUGUUUACCCGUGGAGACGACCUUGAAGGCACCACCAUUGAAGAUUAUUUGUCUGAUAGCCAAGAGCUGCAGGAUCUGGUGUCCAGAUGUAACGGCCAGUAUCAUGUCUUCAACAAUCGGCUGAAAGAUAAGAAACCUCAGGUCACUGAGCUGCUGAAGAAGAUCAGAACCAUUGUUGACAGGAAUGGAGGAAGUCACUACACCAGUGACGUGUUCCAAGAGGUAGAGAGGAAAAUCGAAGAGGAGAAACAACGAAUCCUGAAGGAGAAAGAAGAGAAAAUACGUAAAGAGAAAGAAGAACUGGAGAGGGAAAUACAAGAGAAAUAUGAGAAAGAGAUGGAGAGAAUGUAUAAGCAAAUCCAGGCUGAGAGAGAGAGAGAGAAAAAGGAGAGAGAGGAGGAGAAGAAGAGGGAGAGGGAAGAAAUGAAUGAAGAGAGGAGGAGGGAGAAGGAAAAGAAUGAGGCAGAGAGAAAGGAGAGAGAGAGAGAGUUUGCAGCCAUGAAGGAAAAGCAGGAGAGAGAAAUUCAAGAAGCAAAAUCCAGGCUGCAGUCUGAGUAUGAAUCUAAGGCCAGAAAAGAAGCUGAGCGAAAUAAUCCUCUCUAUUAUUUGGGUAAAGCUGGAGAACACGUGGUAAAUUUUUUUAAAAAACUUUUUUAAAUAAUUACGUAGGGAAAGUUGGAAUCUUCUGUCUCUUACUAACAUGAUGAUGCAGGUAAAUAAAAACAACAAAUCUCUACUGAAAGUCUCUUGACAAAAACAUUUAAGUAUAAAACAUGGAGAACAGAAAACAACAAACUAGAUUCUGUUUCUUUCAUUGUGUUAAUAAAUGAAGUAAAUCUCCAGCCAGAGUAAAACUCCUUCACCACAUCUUGACAUUAAAACUCAGCCAGAACCUGGAUGUUCUUUGUUGGACAGUUCUUGUGAGGUUUUCUAAGAACACGGUGCUUAGACCCAUUUUAGAUCAUCAUAGACUCUGCACCUCUAGAUGGGCCUGAAUCAUUUAGAGCUUAACUGUCUAUAAUAUGAAGCUGCCAGACUUUAAUGCUGUUGGAGAUCUUGAAGACUGCAGGCUGAUCUUCACUUAACGCUGCUUCAAAUGCAGUAAAAAAAAAUAAAAAAUAAAUUUAAAUGCAUGUCAAGUUAGUUAGUGUUUAUUUCAAAGUAGUUCAUGUUUCACUUGUUAAGCUUUUAGAAACUGUCUUUUGGAAAUUGUUGCUGUAAAGAUUAGCAUAAAUGGAAAAUGACAGUAAAUAUACAAGAUUCACAAUGAUUUUCACUUCAAUAUUCUUGCAUUUCUGCAACAAUUAUCAUUUUGUGAUGAUUGUUUGAACUGAUUUGCAGUUUUUUUUUAUGUUUCUGUUCUGUUGAGAUAUUUUGUGUCACCUUGUUCUGAAUAUGAAAUCACAAAUAAAGCUUGAUGAAAACAAUAAA